UCACGUGACGGUUGUACGUUCAAGAUGGCUGCCGACAACCUCCCAUCCGAAUUUGAUGUUGUCAUACUUGGGACAGGCCUCACCGAGUCUGUCCUUGCUGCUGCCUGCUCACGGGUCGGCCAGAAGGUUCUGCACUUGGACAGGAGAAACUAUUAUGCUGGAAAUUGGGCGAGCUUCACGUUCAACAGCCUGCUGUCAUGGAUCCAAGAGUACAAGGCCCAGCAGGAGAUGCCAAGCACCGAGUCAGACCAGGCAUGGGUGGGUAAGAUUGAGGAAGGAGAGGACAUGCUGCCUCUCAGCUCCGUAGACUCCUCCAUCAUCAACCUGGAAGUUUUCUCUUACGCCAGUGAGGAGUCUGAAGAUGAGGAGGUGGUGACGCCGUCCGUGGCAAAUAGCUUUCCUAAAGAUUCUGAAGCAGCAAAUGAAGAGCCCAGUGGCAGUUCUGUAGAACCCCAACACUCGGAUUCUCCUGGCGACAGGACACAAGGUGCUGCUGAGCCUCCCAAACAAGAGACGGAGCCAUCAGAGGCCUGCAAGAACAGACAAAUGCCCGAGACCCAACAAUCUAAUCAGUCAGAAGAAAGUGACAAACAGGAGCAACCAAUCACCAGGCCAGCUGAGGCACCUAUAGAGUUGAACAAGAGGAUAACCUAUGCCAAGCUGUUGAAGGAGGGGCGCAGGUUUAACAUCGAUCUGGUAUCUAAGCUGUUGUAUUCGCGUGGAUCGCUAGUGGACCUGCUAAUCAAGUCCAACGUGAGCCGCUAUGCGGAGUUCAAGAACGUCAAUCGCAUCCUCAUCUGUCGCGAUGGCAGGGUGAAGCAGGUCCCGUGUUCACGGGCCGAUGUAUUUGGCAGUAAACAGCUGAAUGUGGUGGAGAAGCGCAUGCUGAUGAAGUUCCUCACGUUCUGUCUGGACUUUGAGCAGCACCCAGAGGAAUUCCAGGGCUUCUCAGAGAAGCCAUUCUGGGAGUUCCUGAAGAGUCAGAAACUUACAGAGAACCUGCAGCAUUUUGUGUUGCACUCCAUCUCCAUGGCGGACCAAGAGAUUCUGACUGAGGAGGGUCUGAAAGCCACGCAGCACUUCUUGCAAUGCCUCGGUCGCUACGGCAACACGCCCUUCCUGUUCCCCUUGUACGGCCUGGGUGAGAUUCCACAGUGCUUUUGCAGAAUGUGUGCUGUCUUUGGUGGGAUUUAUUGCCUGCGACAUUCCGUACAGUGCCUGGUUGUGGACAAGGAAUCGGGCAAGUGUAAAGCUGUAAUUGACACGCAUGGCCAGCGAAUCAGCUGCAACCAUUUUGUGGUGGAGGACAGCUACAUCAGAGAGGAGCAGAGGACGAAGACCUCACACAGGCAGAUCUCCAGAGCAGUGGUCAUCACAGACCGAUCGGUUUUGUCCUACGAGUCUGAUCAGCAGAUCUCACUGGUGACUGUGCCUCCUCUUGAGUUCUCUUCUCCAGCCGUGAGGGCAGUGGAGCUAAGCUCCUCGUCCAUGACCUGCAUGCCUGGCACCUAUUUGGUCCACCUAACCUGCCCAGCCUCAGGGUCGGCCCGUGAAGACCUGGCACCAGUGAUAUCCAACCUCUUCCACGUUCCCAACAGCUCUGGGGAGGAACCCAUGCAAGGGUCUGAGGAGACUGAGAAGCCUCUGGCGCUGUGGGUCAUGUACUUCAACAUGCGUGACACGUCUGGCUUGGACAGCAGCUGCUACAGUCUGCCCAGCAACGUCCACGUCUGCACCGGCCCGGAUGCCAGCCUGGGCUGCGACUACUCCAUUAAGCUGGCUGAAUCUAUGUUUAAUCAGCUCCUCCCAGAUGAGGAGUUCUGUCCACCAGCGCCAAACCCUGAGGACAUUAUAUACGAUGGUGACGGUGCACCAGGAGAAGGGGCCAGCUUUGAGGAGACCAAUCAUGCAGAGAGAUCUGGACCUGAGGGAGAGGGCCAGCCUCAGGAGAAUGGGCAACCAAGCUCAGAGAGCUCAGAACCGGCAGAGAGUACAGACAGUGUUGCCCCGGAAACUAACACUGAAUCUAAGGUCCAGAUCUCACCCACUGAGGAAUAGCCCCUCCCCUUGCUUAAGGACCAUUCCUCAAACCACUCCCCUACUCUCAGUGGCCACCAACCUUCCCCCUAGGUGUCUUCAUCCACACAGGGGUUAGUCCCAACCAUACUUAAAAAGACCUGAGAUAACUUCAGAAAAAAAAAGAAUCAGACACAUUUGGGGUCGAAAUAGACUGUGUGGUUACAUAACCCUCCAAGAAGAUGGUUUAUGGCCACUGACUGACAAUGUCCUGUCCUCUGAAUGCCUGUGAAGGAGAUACAGCUCUUCACUCCUACAUUUACUGUCUGCAAAAGCCCUGGAAAUAGUACUAAUAACAAUAAUCAUAAUAAUAUCAAGCAAAAGAAAAAUAAGAUCACUAUUUCCACGCACUGUGCACAACGGAAUUGCUAUUGCUAUAUCCAUGUUUUUUAAAGGGGAGUGUACAUGCAUCUGAAUUGGCCAAUUCUAUAUAGUCUUGCUCAUUCAAAUCUAACUGCCAGUGCCUGAAAACCUUACUAUGGUCUUAUGGUUCUGAGCAUAUCGGUCUUGGCAUGCAAAUAUAAUACUAGCCUGCAGUUUCCUUUCAGUGGAAAAAUAGAAAACAAAAAACAAGUUACAUCAGUGGUUAAAUACUGAUUGGCCUUUUAUUUCUAAAUGCAUUUGGUUUUAUGAGUUUGAAUUGUUUUGGCUUGUUUUUUCCUCCUGAAAAUGCAUUAUUUCGUGACCUCCUUAGUGUUAUGGUCGCUAUUCCGACACCUUUAAUUCACUUAGUUCCUUUAAUUCAUCCAAGUUUGUACUGUUGAACUGGGAUGUAGCUAAGGUGCCUGUUGACAUGGACACAUUUCACUGGGAGGAUGCAGUCAUUUCAGUUCAAGGUAUCUGAUAAUCCAGCAAACCUAAAUAUUUUGAAGGGUGUAUUGCAAGGGAAUUUUGUGAAGCCUUUGCCAUUUUGGGUCUUUCAUGAAGCCUUAGAAGACACAGUUGCCAAGGACACCCUGUUUCAUAAUUCUGACUAAUUUCAUAAUUCUGCUGUGGUCUUCUUUUUUUCCUGUGCCAUCAGUGCCGUCCUCUGUUGUCCUUAUGUAUUGUAUGCUUUGAAAUGAAAUGCUGUUAAUUAUUGUUUGCAAGCGGUUACCAACAUUAAAUAUUUGAACUCAG